AUGUUGGACCUCAGAACGGCAGCCGCCCUGGUUGCAAGAGGUUAUGGCUCCUCAUCCAGCAUUGCCAAAAGGGAGGAAUACAAGUCGACCAUUGAUCUUGAUUCAGCCUGGUUUAUUGCGUUUGCAAUCAUCAACAUAGCUGUCUUCCUGCCUGUUCUUCAAUAUAUUUCAUAUACCUUGGGUGCAGUUUUCCCCACCUUGGCUUUUGUUGAAUGCAAGCCUACGUACGAACGAAUAUCGUCAAAAGAAGAAGAUGAAGUCAAAGGCGACACAAAGUCUCGCGGUGGAUCGAUCGAGGAGCUUGAUAGCACCGAGUUCAAGCCAAUAACCUCCAGCAUCCGUGCAACACAUCGCCUGCUUUGGUCUAUUGGCGGUUUUCGUGCCCUCUUUCGCGGAUUACUGUGCCUUUGGGCCACAACUCUUGUCUAUUGUGUCUUGGUCUUGGGCCUCUACCAGAUUCCUGCCGUUCCGAAAUUCUUCGAUAACCUCUUGGCAAGGCUUCUAACCUUACAACUUCAAGCGUUUUGGGUUCAUUCUGUCCUCAGCACAGGAAACAGAACGUCGGCAUGGAAGCGCAUUCCUGGAUUCAAACAAACUAUCCAGGCAACUGCUGUUCCUAGCUUCAUUGCGAUCGCCGCUACGUUUUUCGCUGACUUGAUUCCCAUGCUCGCCAUGCUACUCUUGCACGUUCGAGUUUACCAGCCACAUGGUCUUCUCCCAAGCGUGCCGGUCCAUGAUGCCGCCCUGUGGGAGCUUGGCGUGUUCUUAUUCCUGCGCAUUCUUAUGGCCGCCUUAAUAGAAAUUCCAUCUCAAGUUGUUCUCGUACGAUGCCAGACUUCUCUGAUGUCGGAUGCGGACAAGACGAUCAUCGCCGUGGACCGUACUUUCGGUGUCGAGGAGGUGCGAGAGAGGGGAUAUCUCUCUAUACUGGAGGCUUUCAAAUCCCUGAAGGGUACUUGGGGUCGGCUUUGCAAGUUUUGGGUCAAGCUUUUGUUUCUUACGAUCGCUAUCCAAGUCACCGCCGCCUCUGUUAUCGUCGCAGAAUUCUUGGGCUUGGUUCUCUACGCUAGCCUAAGUCAACGUGGGCAGUAG